AACGCAGCGCCGCCCGAGACUGAUCAAAUGGCGUUCCCCUGCUUGCCCUCCGUGCGGCCACCGCCGCGCGCCGUCCGAGCCCGAGCUGAGCGUCCCCGCGGCCGGCGGCCCGCGCUGACGGUCGUGGCCGCCGGAACCCGAACCAGCGGCGCCGAGGCCCGGGGGUCGCUGGUGCUGGCGCUCGUCUCGCAGGCCCUCGCCGCCUCGCAGCGCCGCGCCGUCGACCUCGUCACCGAGGCCGCCAAGUACGCCCUCCCUUCCGGCCGCUUCGAGCCAAGGAACCUCGAGGAGGCCCUCAUGUCCGUUCCCGACCUGGAGACCGUCCCGUUCCGCAUCCUGAAGCGUGAGGAGGACUACGAGAUCAGACAAGUGGAGUCGUACUAUGUCGCUGAGACGACGAUGCCUGGAAGAACUGGGUUUGAUUUCAGCGGGUCGUCUCAGUCGUUCAACGUGCUGGCGUCUUACUUAUUCGGUAAGAACACGAGGUCCGAGCAAAUGGAAAUGACAACCCCUGUUUUUACUCGGAAGGAGGAAGUUCGCGGUGAAACGAUGGACAUGACCACCCCAGUUAUAACAAAGAAGUCAGCUGAUGGAAACAAGUGGAAGAUGUCUUUUGUGAUGCCAUCAAAAUAUGGUCCAGACUUGCCUCAGGCAAAAGACCCGUCUGUGACUAUCAAGGAGGUGCCCAGCAAAAUUGUAGCAGUUGCGGCCUUUCCAGGUUUGGUUACAGAUGAUGACAUAAGCCAGAGGGAAUCCAGAUUGCAGAAAGCUCUCCAGAAAGAUACACAGUAUCGGGUAAAAGAGGAUUCAGUGGUGGAAAUUGCACAGUAUAAUCCCCCUUUCACACUUCCGUUCGCAAGGCGCAAUGAAGUAGCACUAGAGGUUGAGGGGGUUGAUAGUGCCUCCUGAUGUCCAAGAUUAACAAAUAAGUUUUUAGUUUCAGGUUGUAUGCAGAUGUACCUCUAGCCUACCCCAACUUGUUUGGGACUAAAGGCUUUGUUGUUGUUGUUGUUUGUUGUUUGUUGUAUGCAGAUGUACAUUGUCCCUAACAUUCUCGCUAGUGCAGUAUGUAUAGUAUAUGUACAUAUCUCAUUUAUCACAUACUACAAUGGUAAAGAGUAAAAUCUUGGUUAAA